UUAUAGCUAGAACAAAGAUUGGAAGUUUGGGAGAAGCCCAGUAGGAGCUGGACAUACAAGCUGAUCUUCCUCUCACUGAGUUUAUCAGAACCUGGUUUAUGAUUAUAAUGGAAUUUAUGCUAAAUAUGAAAGCUAUUAGGGUUAUUGUGUUAAUGAUGACUCUUCAUCAGUUUGCGCUAGUUUCCACUCAGGAGUGUCCAUCCACUCAUGAUCUGCUGAACUCACUGCGCCAAGUAGAGAAGAUGUUAGCCGUACAUGAGACAUCAUACCAGCAAGGUGUACGUUCCCUGAGGAAGAAGAUUAGUGCGCUGCACAACAGCACCAUGGCCAUCUUUAAAAUGGGUAAAAAUGCAUCUUGUCCUAAGCCUGACCCCCCAUCAAACGGCCGUAGGCUGGGCAGAGUGUUCGGUGUGGGACAUGAGGUCCACUUCCUAUGCAGACCCGGUUAUGAGCUGAUAGGCCCCCGAACUCGAGUGUGUCUAGAGACUCUGAAGUGGAGUGGCCAACAGCCUAUGUGCAGAGAACUCAACAGAACCACCAACUCCCUGGCUUCCUUCUCUUCAGCCGUGUCCUCCUUUGCUACCUCUGCUGCCUUAUCUGCCUCCUCUUCGACAUCCUCCCCUUUUCUGGCCUCCUCCCCAACAUCCUCCUCUCCCUCUUCCUCUAUAAGACCUUCUAAUUGCACACAUUUCCUGGGCUCAACUCACUGUACCUGUGAUGUUGGUUUCACCAUAUCAGGCCGCGACAAUAACAUCUGCACAGAUAUCGAUGAGUGUCAUCUCUUUCCCCUCGCACAACCUGGUCGUCUCUGCAUUCAUCAGUGCAUAAACACACCUGGAAGUUUUCACUGUGUUUGCCCUAGCGGCUACAGCUUGGCCAGAGAUGGGCGCAGCUGCACAGAUAUUGAUGAAUGUGAAAACCAUUCACACAACUGUACAGCUGACCAACUGUGCGUUAACACCUUUGGGGGUUUCCAGUGCGUGACAGUGGAAUGUCCAAAGACGAAAAAUGCCAGUUACGUCAAGACGUCUCCAAUGCGCUGUGAGAGGAACCCAUGUAUGUUCGGGGACCGGACGUGCAACCAAGCUCCAAACUCCAUCUCCUUUCACUUUCUCGCUGUGGUUUCAAACAUGUCUGCCCCUCGCGUCCUCUUCAGGGUGUCUGCAGCCCGUGUGCUAGGAGAUACUCUGCGAUUUGGCCUAGGUGGUGGCCACGGCCAAGGUCACUUCAGCGUGCAGCGCUCCGGUCGGCAGACCGGGACCCUUCUCCUGGUAACACCUAUCAAAGGCCCGGCCACGUUGGAGGCGGAGGUAGAAAUGAGUGAGCUGGAGCGCAACACCCUGCUAGGCCGCUAUCUUACCAAGGUCACCCUGUUCGUGUCCCCUUACAUGUUUUAGAGGGAAAAACAAGUGAGAAGUGUCCACAGAACCAGGGUUAGGCAAUCUGUUUGAUGCUACAGUAUCCAAGUGUGAUUUAGUGUGAUACUAAGACCUUAAUUAUCAAAGACAUUAUAUUAUAUUCAUUUUUCACAUUUUAACAUUUACCUUUCCAAACAAUGGAAAACUAAAGUACUGUGGAGUCCCCUGACUUGAAAAAGUUCUAUUUACGUACAGGCAUGUUUCCCAAACGAGGGUAUGCUACCCCUAGUGGUCUGUGGGGGUAUUGCGAUGGGUACAUGAAAGUAUUUUCUUAGGUAGUAAAAUAAAAUAGGGUAGAACCCAAUUGAAAAAUUAAACAAGAAAAGGAUGUUUUUCUUUGAGUUAAGUUUCAGCUGUGACACUCAUCAAAACCAAGCAGAGGAACAUCCUGGAUGUAGAGAACAGCCUGGUAUCUGCCGUUUUUCACACUGAGCUAUUGCAGUUCAUCAAACAAGCUCAGGUGCCUUUAUGAAACAAAUAAAAUUAAUGAAGUCAGUCUGACU